ACAUUCUGUCACUCACUUUUUAUAAAUCAUGUCUCGUACUUGGAGUGCCUAUUUCGAAGAAACACGUCCCGAAGAUUAUCGUUUUCUGGACUUUUAUGAGUAUCGAUUACAACAAUCCGACUUCACCUUUUCUUUUCGUAAAGAAUCUGACAAGCUGAAAAAGGAUCUCAGUAUUUUGAUAAAUGGCCCGGACAAAAUGAAGGAGGGUGCUAGUAUACUUAACGGAAGAUUUAAGGGGCAUAGGGAAUAUUUUAGUGACGUUGAUGCGUUUUGGAAGGAAAUUGAAUUACACGAGGAAUUGUAUGAAAUUGAGGAAGAAGCUUCUAAAUCAAUAAUGUAUGGCACCAAAAAAGUUGUCGAUACUGCCAUCGAAAAUGCUUGUUCUACCAUUGCGAACGUCAAUACUAGACUGACGAACCCAAGAAAACGCGUAAAUAACGUCACAGUCCCCGAAGGCAACAAAAAAAUUAAAGGUCCCUCCAUAUUUGACACAUCAUCGUCUAUCGAUGAAGAGAGUGAAGCUGACAUAAAACAAAAUGUUAAUAUGAACGAGAAAGAUCGAGAAGAUGGACACCAACCAAGAGACUCGGAGAAUGGUUUGGCCAGGGAAGCAUCGGAAUCAAUGGUUGGGAGAAUAGAAAAGAGUCAAAGGGCCCCAUUGAUAGUGGACGACAUUGAUCUGGAGGAAAUUUUUAAAGAUUACUGUGAUGAAUGCGGAAACAACUUUGAUUUAUGUCGUAGCGACAUCAUGGAUAUGAGACCAACUUCAAGCUUCACGGAUAGAAUUGCGGAAGAAUAUUGGGAUAAAUUCGUACUAGACACAUAUCCGAAACAUAAAAUAUCUGAGGAAUGGGAAAAAUUCAUACAAGAAUUUUUCAAGCCGAGAGAUAGCGUAGAAGAAUGGAAAAAGGCUUGGCGUGAACUUCACGAAAAGAUCGACGGAAACAAAAAAGACCUAGUGGAUGCCAUCCGCAACAUCCUUGGACCAUAUAUCAAAGCUUUCGAAGCACCAUUCAACAUAUUAAGGUCAGGUGACCUCAGAGAAAAUCAGUAUAAUGCACAAUUCAUAGGCCCGAUAUUAGAGAAUACAAUGAAUACUGUAUGUAGCGUUGAAUGGAGAAUUCUUGAAAUUCCGGUAGAAAGCAGUAAGGCUCGUCGUAAUACUGGUAUAAAUGCAAUUGUUGAUAAGGUUUUAGAAGCAAAGUGCGCGGAUGGACUUGCUCGUCUCUGGCAGAGCCAUGAGGAAGUGUUCUUGUAUGAACAGACCGGAUCACCAAGUUUCGACGAUAUUACUCAAUUUCAUAUUCACGAUUAUAAAUUGAUCAGAACAAUGCGAGAUGUGUUGAACCAGCGAAUAAUCUUUCGCCUUAAAAAUGGAAUAUGUGAUCACAAAGACCUCGCAUGCUUCAGUGCUUUUGGUAACCGUUUUGAAGUAUCGUUAUUUUGGUUGACAAUACACCAGAAGUCGUAUUGUCUCCGAGAAUAUGGUACCUUCAAUAUCCCGUCAACUUGGCAAGAGCUUCCCGUGCUAUCCGAAGCAAUUAUAACAUGUCUCAAAUUUUUUUCUUUUAUGAAAGAAAAUAUUGAAGUAAGAAAUUCGUAUGUUGGACAAAACCAAAAAUUGUUGGCAAAGCGAAGAGUACACUCAGUAAAGCAAAACCAGUCAUCACCGAGUCGACCUAAUAAGCGGAAGUCAAAAAAAUAAAUAUAAAUAAUUUUAUCUUAUCAAUGCGUAAUUAUAGCUUGCAAUGCACAAUUUUACUUUAGAUCUUGUACCAGUUCUGUCGUCAUAUAACAAAUAUAAUAAGAAAGAUACUUUGGUUGAACGUAAUGAGUUUAAAAUUUACAAUAUUAAGUAAAUAUUAUGUAUAACUUUGAAAAAAAAACAAUAAAGGUACUGCUUUAUAUAUUUUCUGUAUGUAUGCCUGUCA